CAUUGUACUGGCCAAGUACUUGAUUGGCCCUCAGGUUUUCCGCCCUUCUCCGGGAAAAUGGCAGCUUCUUCCGCACUGCGCAAGGCACCACCUCACCACUGCCAGGGUCCCUCUGCUUCCCCGUGGGUUCUCGGGAUUCUCCUGCUGACCCUGGUGUUCCUGCCAUCUACCUCCUCUAACACCUGUGGUGAGCCACCAAGAUUUCAAAGUAUGAGGCCCAAGGGUGACAUUAAAUCGUCCUAUAAUGUGGGGGAGCGAGUGGAAUAUGAGUGUAGGCUAGGAUACAGUCACCGGCCGUCUCUGCCCAAAUUUAUUACUUGUCAAGAGAAUCAACAAUGGUCACAGAUCUCAAAUGAUACUUGCUAUAAAAAAUCAUGUCCACGUCAACCUGAACCCCCAAAUAGUCAAGUUAACGUCGUAAAUGGAAGCUAUGAAUACGGGAACCAGAUUGAAUAUGUGUGUAAUGAGGGUUAUCACUUAAUUGGUGAACGUAUUCUGUAUUGCCAAGUCAGUGAUACAGGUAUGCAAUGGAGUGGCAGUCCUCCACGAUGUGAAAAGAUUAUGUGUACACCACCUCCAGACAUACCAAAUGGAGCACACUCCGGAGCUGGCAGUGAUGCAUUUGAAUAUCGAGCAGCUGUAACUUACACGUGCAAUCGGGCGUCUGGACCAGAUGAAUUUUCACUUAUUGGAGAGAGUCAGCUGUAUUGUGUUGGGCCUGGAAAAUGGAGUAGUGACCCUCCUCAGUGUAAAGUGGUCAAAUGCCCAAUCCCAACAGUCACAAAUGGAAGGCAGGUGUCAGGAUUUGGGACAAAAUUUUGCUAUAACGCUAAGGUUACGUUUGAGUGUAAUCAGGGAUUUUACCUUCACGGCAGCGAAUUAAUUACCUGUAAUGAUAAUAGUACUUGGCAACCCCCUAUUCCAUCAUGUCUUAAAGGACAACCGCCUUCCACUGCAAGAUCCCGAGUUUUGUGUCCUUCACUGACCAGUCCUCAUACUUCGAAACCUUCAAGCUCCAUUCCUUCUGGGUCGGUUCCUACCAGGACUACAUCUGGAACAUCGAUUGUCGUACAGUAUACCUGUCCCCAUGACAGACCACUUGACCUCAGGGAUAUACUUGAAUGGAUCCUUGCUUUUAUUAUUGCUGUACUGGAAUUGUAAUUGUGUGUGUCUUUGCAAAUAUCUCCAAAGCAAGAACAAAAAGAAAACAAGUUAGAGCCGGAAUAUAUCACUUACAUCAAUAAAUCACCUCUGCCUUCAGAGGAAACUGAAUGAUUUCAACUAGCACCACUUCAUCUUUUGAAUUCUAUUAAAGUCCUCAAAUCUGCAAUAGCUGUUCUCUAACUUAACUAUCAUGAUUGAAACUGUUAAGUCAUAAUGCUAACAUUUUAAGAUGACUUAAAUAUAGCCAUCAUUCUUGGAUACUUCUUUGAAAUGUGCAUAAAUUUGAGUAUGAACACAUGGCCUCUUUUG